GUUCAAGAUGGAGACCGUGCGAUUCAGCGGCUUCGCAGUUAGCUAGCUAGCUGCUUACAAAAAUGACACUAUUUGAUGAAAUAUGAGAGAUUUCGAGACGUUUUGAUGCGUACAGCAGGAGUCUUCGACUAAAUCGGGAUGUGGAUUUAACAGCGUUUGAUCACUAUGAAGCGGCAGUGUUUGUAAACACAGACCACCUGAAGAAUAUUCAGAUAAGAGACAGGAGCAGAAGAAAAAUUGCCAAUGAUCUUAAUUUAAUCUUGUUAGGAGAGACAUCGACAUGGCACUGAGAGAACUGAAAGUUUGUCUCCUUGGGGAUACUGGAGUUGGAAAGUCGAGUAUUGUUUGUAGAUUUGUGGAGGACAGCUUUGACCCAAAUAUCAACCCAACAAUUGGGGCAUCCUUCAUGACCAAGACAGUGCAAUACCAAAACGAGCUGCAUAAGUUCCUAAUCUGGGACACGGCAGGACAGGAGCGGUUCCGUGCUCUGGCACCGAUGUACUACAGAGGUUCGGCAGCCGCCAUCAUUGUCUAUGACAUUACAAAAGAGGAGUCCUUCCAAACUCUGAAGAACUGGGUGAAAGAGCUUCGCCAGCACGGCCCUCCCAAUAUAGUGGUCGCCAUUGCUGGCAACAAAUGUGACCUUUUAGAUGCGAGAGAAGUGCCAGAAAAGGAUGCCAAGGAUUAUGCUGAUUCCAUCCAUGCAAUCUUUGUGGAAACCAGCGCUAAGAAUGCCAUAAACAUCAACGAAGUGUUUGUAGAGAUAAGUAAGCGGAUCCCUGUUGCUGAAGCUGCAGGAGGAACCUCGGCCAAAGGUUUCAAACUGGGACGACAGGCCUCAGAGUCUCGAAGGGCAUGCUGCUGAUAGUGCUGGUGACUGAACUCAACACAACCUGAGACCUAACGGUUACCAACCCGAUAUUCUCCUGGUGUGCUUCAGCUUAAAGACACAACACACUAUCAAAAACAGCAACAAACACCCAAAUCUGGUCACUGCAGCACGACUCUUGACAGCAGCAGCCAAGACAUUUUUAUGGCUCUCUGCACAAGCAAAUCAUCAUGUUUCGUAUUCAAAAUGCUUGUAGAAGAUAUUUUUCCCAAACAUUCAUACAUUAAUGGAGAUAUGUGAAAUUUUCCAGACUGCUCUAUGGACGUUAGAUGUCAUCUAUAUUUGUGCACUUGUACAUUUGUAAAAAUAAUUUUCUGUCAACAAAAAAAAUAACGCGUUGAAGUAAUUUAACCUCUUUCAGUUAUUUUGAAAAACUAAGUUAUCUUUUUUAAUUAGAAGAAAACCUAAAACAUUUUCAGCUUUAUGAAGGAUCCCUCUUCGUUGUUUAUGUGUUUACUCAGUAAUUUAUUUAUAUGUAACUUUUAUUGCCUGGUUUUUGUUUCAAACGGGGCAACCCUCGCUCAGCCCAACAAAUUCUCUAGAUUUGAACAACAAUAAUGUAGAAAACAAUGCAGAAAUGAAAUAUGUGUGGGAGCCUACUUCCUUCAUACCGGGGAUUAGUUCAACAUUUUGGUAAAAUCCUGUUACUGUCCUGAGUGUGAGCUAAAUGUAGGGCUAGCUUACUGGUGUAUUGUUAAGGCAGCAGUCAGUGGGCAUGUUUGCUAGAAGUCCAUCUUAUUCCUCUCUCUUUUACUUUUAAGAAUAGUCUCAUUGGCACUCUUACGGUUCUUGUGAAUAAUAUGUUAUUACUGUAAAUGGACCUCUUUGAUCAGAAGACCCCUACAUGCAGCAUCUCUGUGUUUAAUCAGAGCUUUAACAGUGGCUAAUUAUUCUAUGUUAACACUGCCAUAUCCUGCCAUCUGUUCUGCAUUUCCUCCCUAUAGUCAGAGAAGAUGCCCUCUGUUGCACAUGCUCGUGUUAUUUGUUCAUCCUUCUUUAGCUUUUGCUUCGCAAACUAUUUAAUGAGGGAAGCAGUUUUUUUUUUUGCCAGAUCCUUUAAUUGUCCAACAAAUAUGUUUUCAUCUUUCUUUUUUCCCCUAAUCAGCACUGCCUUGCACUUCCAAGUGCUGUUUUACUACUUGGCUUGUGUUGAAAAUGCUGAGAUCUGGAAAAUAGGCCUCAUUUAAAGGAAAUUUGUAUUUUAGGGCUCAGAUCUCAUGUUAGCAGGUUAGCAAGUUUUAUAAGAAGUGAAUUAGAUGUGGCUCUGUGUCAACAGGCUAACCCCUCACUGAACUUUAAUCGGGAUUCGACCCUGAAUCCUGCUUUGCACCAGAGUAUGUUUGGAUUUUCCUUCCUUUCACUGUUUGUGCCUCAUUUUUCUUUAACGUCAAGGCCUUGCUUCUUGCUUGGUUGUAGUACAUAAUAUAAGUUUAAGAGCCAUUUCCUGUCCUGUAUGUGAUUUUUAGAUCUGCAUUGCAGUGGUACAGUAAUUCACCCUUACCAUAUAGUACUAACUGGUCUUUGUAUCUUUGUUUGCCCUCAAUUUAAUUUUCAAAUCUGGUUCAAAACUAAAGUGAACGAGAACAAAUGUUGGAAUAUUGAGACUAUAGGUUCACACGGGUGGAGCAAAAUUUGUUUCUAGACCUUUUCACUCUUGUCAGUUUAAAUAAUGCUUUAAUUUUUUGUUUUAUUUUCUAAAUGCAAGAGUUUAACGUGGAUAACGCCUCGCAGUUAUAUGGUCAAUGUUUUACUCAGACAUAACACCCUUCACGCUGAAUGGCACCCCUGGUACAGAUGUGGUAACAAGCCAUGAAAGAAUCAUUCUUUUUAGUUUCAAUUAGCAGAGUGAAAUCUGCCUCAUAUUUAUAUGCCUGGGAAACAAGAAACAAUGGUUGUGGUACCAUUGAUUUGGAUCUUUUUUUUUUUUUGUUAUUCUUAACAUUGGAUUUUUUCCCCUCUAUAUUAAUGUACUAAAGGCUGUGUUUUUCUAAAUAUUUAGAGUGUGAGAUUAUCCUGGUGCAAUAAAAGAUGAGUUUAUUUUGAAGCGUUUCACACAUCCUGACCAGCGGCGCCAUUAAGACUGAAUAGCAGUAAGUUACCUGACUAAAUAAGGCAGAGGGACUUCUAUACCAUCUGAAAACCUGAGAAAAUACUUUUAGUCAACUCAUUAGUCUUAAUCAUGGCUUCAGCAAAGAUAUUUACAUAGGGACAGCACUUUAGUGGUUUAAAAGCUGCAUUUUCUUUGUGUUAAUUCUCCUAUCACUUGAUUACAUGUAGGAAGUCCCAACUUUUUGUCCCUUGAUUUUUAUUUGUUCUUUCUUUUUUAAGGUUUUUGCAAAUUUUAUUCUGCUUUUGACAUCUUGGUGCCAAAGCCAUUUUACCAAACCACAUUUACUCAUCUUAACUGUUGAUGUGAUGAUAUGAUUUGUAAGUUUGAUGAUUAUAACCCAGAUUUUUUCUCUGAUUAGUUAAAGAAGCAUGAUGUUAAUAAUGCACCAGUGUUGGUUUCUUCAUUGAAGUUAACAAAAAGUCUUGGGCUGGUCCUGGGAAUUUCAUUAAUCUGUUACAUGUGCAUUUUACAGUGUAGAUAUUUGCCAUCAGAUUGCACACAAGUUAAUAUCAAUACUCUUAUUUUAUGUUUGUGCGAACACAAUAUCUGUACACUAUGUUGGGUACAUAUAUCAGCAGUCUAGUUCCCAUAUUUAGCUUUUUAUUUUUUCAUAUUGAUUGUAACAAAAUGCCUGAAAAUACAUGUUUGCAGUAUAAGGCCAAAUGUGUGAAAAGGGAAUUGUUUACUAAUAAAACACAUUCAAAAAGA